UUCUCGCGUCAAAUUUCAUCGCCUAGUGAGAGAGAAACACAGUGUAUCGUUGCAUCUUUGGAAGCUAAAGACACUCAGUCAAUGAUUCCUCCAUAGUCGAAAUGAAUCCUCCAUAGUCGAAUCAAUCCCUAUAUUUAAUUCUUCCAACCGGCCAUGGCUUAGCAUCUUGUUCAAGGUCCGAUUCAACUCGAGCGAUCCGUGAUUCAACUCGCUAAGCUUCAGAUUUAUCCCCUACUUCGGAGGAUACAGUUGUGUUCCCUGUUCUGGUUGAAUUUCGGUUUUCGAGCGCAAUGGAGACUCAUGAGCUGCUGAAGAAGAUACAAGAGCUAGAGGAAAGUCAAGAGCAACUAAAGCAGGAGAUGUCGAGGCUCAAGGUAUCGUCGGAGCUUAGUCAGCGAUCGUAUUCGGUGUCGCCGUACCUUCCGGCGAGGAGAAACAUCGGCGAGGGAGCUCCUGCGUGGAGUAAGAGCGGCGCCGCCUCGUUUCGUCACGCUUCGCCGUUGCGGAAGCAGAACCUUAUCGAGGAUCCGAUCAGUCCCGGAGCUGGAGUAGGUGGAGGGGGACCAUCGACCGGGAACUUCACGGAUAAACAGUAUUUGAAUAUUUUGCAGUCGAUGGCACAAUCUGUUCAUGCCUUCGAUCUAAAUAUGCAAAUAAUAUUUUGGAAUGCCACGUCCGAAAAGGUUUAUGGCUACACUGCUGCAGAAGUAGUUGGGCAGAACCCACUUGAUGUUAUGGUAGAUGCUCGGGACGUUGCCUUUGCGACGAAUGUUGCUCAACGUUGUAUCAGUGGAGAGAGCUGGACUGGCGAGUUUCCUAUCAAGAGCAAAUCUGGGGAGAGAAUUUUGUCUGUCAGUACGUGUUCACCCUUCUAUGAUGAUGAGGGUACUCUCGUUGGGAUCAUUUCUAUCACAACCAGCACAGCAUCGUUUCUGAACCCGAGAAUCUCAUUGGCUAGAUUAAAGGCGCAAGAAGAUGAAACUAGCUCUAUCCCUGCAAGGAAUAGUUUUGCCUCUAAACUUGGCCUUGCCUCUGAUCAGCCGAUACAAGUUGCUUUAGCUUCAAAGAUAUCAGAUUUGGCAUCCAAGGUGAGCAACAAGGUCAGGUCGAAAAUGCGAGCAUGUGAUAGUAGUGUCACACUGUCUGAGGGUAGCACUGAUGCUACUCUCUCUGACCACAGGGACGAGGCAGCAUCAAGUAGUGCCAGUGCAGUAAGAGGGGAUUUUAUUUAUUCUCCUUUUGGUGUAUUCACAUAUAACGAUGAAAAGAUUCCUUUUAAACACUCCAAACAUUCCAGUGAUGAGAGUGAUGGAAAGUCUGCAAUCGGUAAGAUUCAGACCUCAAAAGCUAAAGAAUGGAUGGUAAAUAAAGGUCACGCAUGGCCACGGGAAGGGAAUGAGCAGGAAGGUUCAGAAGUAAGGCCUACUUCUUCUGUAUGGCGUUGGGUAAUUAAUGAACGAGAGAAAGAUAAGUCUCAUCAGAUUAAUCCCUCUUCUGGUGUUAACUCUGGAACCCAUUCCUCUGAAAGUAAUAAGCCUACCAAUAACGAGGCUUCUAGUCUGUGGUCUUCCUCUUUAGAUGCGAACAGCACAUGCAGCACCAAUAGCUGCGGAAGUACCAACAGCAGUGUUAUGAACAAGAUUGAUGGAGAUAGCGAUUGCUUGGAAUAUGAAAUCUUAUGGGAUGAUUUGACAAUCAGAGAAGAAAUCGGAAAAGGUUCAUGUGGAACUGUCUAUCAUGGUCUCUGGUUUGGAUCCGAUGUAGCUGUAAAAAUGUUCACCAAACAAGAAUAUUCGGAAGAGGUCAUGCAAUCUUUUAGACAAGAGGUAUCGUUGAUGAAAAUACUGAGACAUCCUAAUGUUCUCCUGUUUAUGGGAGCUGUGACUUCACCUCCGCGCCUCUGUAUAGUGUCAGAGUUCCUUCCACGGUUCUGUCUCAUCUCUUUUGGUUACCACUCUCGCUUUUUUUUUGUGCUUUUUUCGGCCUCAAGCCAUAGCUCCCCUUGGGCCCAAUCAAUAGUUACUAUUUGCAGUGGAAGUCUCUUCCGUCUACUACAGAAGAGAACGUCAAAACUGGAUUGGAGGCGGCGUAUCCACAUGGCCUUGGACAUUGCUCGCGGUAUGAAUUAUCUUCAUUGUUGUAAUCCACCCAUCAUCCAUCGUGAUUUGAAGUCGUCAAAUCUGCUGGUAGACAGGAACUGGACCGUUAAGGUAGCUGACUUUGGUCUUUCCCGUAUCAAGCAUGAGACAUACCUAACAUCCAAGUCCGGGAAGGGAACGCCUCAAUGGAUGGCACCGGAAGUUCUACGAAAUGAAUCUGCUGAUGAGAAGUCUGAUAUUUACAGCUUUGGAGUAGUACUUUGGGAGCUUGCCACAGAGAAGAUUCCAUGGGAAACUCUCAACUCUAUGCAGGUGAUCGGAGCUGUGGGGUUCAUGAACCGGAGGUUGGAAAUUCCGAAGGACAUUGAUCCUUGUUGGAUCUCAUUAAUGGAGAGCUGUUGGCACAGCGAUACAAAACUGAGACCCACAUUCCAAGAAGUGAUGGGGAAACUAAGAGACCUGCAAAGAAAGUAUACAAUUCAGUUCCAAGCGACUCGUGCUGGGUUACUUGACAACCCUCUCCUCGAGGACAACUAAACAAGUUACACCCUUUCCUCUUAUGCCAUUAUGUUCCUCAAUUCACCGCUUCAAGACUCAAAGUCUGUUCAUAAACGCAAAGAAAGAUAGAUAAAUGGUCUAGUUUGAGCAGCAACAAUGGAUGCUGUUCUGGUGUGCCAAUGUCUUCCGUCAAUGAACAAGUUUGAGCAGCAACAAUGGAUGCUGUUCUGGUGUGCCAAUGUCUUCCGUCAAUGAACAAGUUUAUGGCGUGGGAGAUUGGAUUCUCUCCGCUGGUUUAAACGUAGUCUUCCCCAUUACUGUACCAAAUUCAUAUAUUUGCUCAUCUUUCCAUGUCCUGACACAAAUGUUAUAUACUGUUAGCUAGUGAGACCCACUCUGCGCUCUGACAACUUGAGCAGCAGGAACAGAACUUUUCUCUUAUGGGAUUUUUUUUCUUACAUCUUAUUGGUAUUUUGUAGGAUGAAGAGCAGAGACGACGGAGCCAUUGGAUCGCUCUUCGCGGACCUUCUCGCUGUAAGUGGGAUGCUCACUAAACAAGAGAUGGGUUACCUCGCUCGAUCCAUCGGUUUAAUCGGGGUAGCUCUCCUAACCGGACACAUACAUCUUGUUCAUAAAUGGGUGCAGGCACGCAUUCGAUCAGAUAGAGUCUGAAGCACCCUCUGUACCGAGACCCGUGGGAAGAUGUCUUGAAGAACAAGUUAUUAAAUCUCUGAAUAUUAUCUGUAAUAUCAGUAUGUUUUCGUUGUAAAUUCACAUAACUUCCUGGUUAUUAUUACAUCGAAGU